AGGCUAGACAUGGAAUAGACCGUAGUUGAGCCGGGGGAGUGGAGCCAUCUGGCGGCCACACGCAGAAGCACCGCAAGUAAACAAGCCAGAAAUAUCGACCGAGCAACAGAGAUCUUCUUGUGAGUCUCCGGUGCCUCCUUCUUGCCAGAUGGCCAAAGUGGGAGGUGAACUGGUUGGGGGAGAGCUUGGGGUGGUGCUGGAGGAAGCAGGUGUUGGGGUGACGUUUGUAGACUCUCCUUCCCUGGCAUCAGCUGGCCUCACUGAAGACCCACUGAAUAGCGAUCUCACUGUGUGCCAGUACAUUCUUCCCAAUGAUGUUGCAGUGUCUCUUGCAGGUUUUGAGGAAGUUGCAGAGGAAGUUGAAUUAGGCUCUCCAUCCUGGGACAACCUUAACAAGUCUUCUUCCUCUUCCUCCUCAUCCUCCCUAAGCCAAGAUUCUGGCAUCGGCACUGAUCCCAGUCCUGAUGUGUUCUUUACCCUCAUAGAGGAGACUGUUGCACCUUCUGGACUUCUUACAUCCUCUCCUAGCCAAGAAGGAGGUGAGGUGAUUGUUGAGAGGAUUUAUGAAAUGAAAGAUGACCUGUGCUUUACUGAGAGUACUCCUGACAUUAAAGAUGAGCCACUAGAAACUGUGGAGGAGGCUGUGGAGUUGGAGAGGGAAGAACAAGUGAUUGAACAGGAGGAUCCAUGGCCAAAAAAAAUUAAAGGGGAAGUUGUGAGUGAAUAUAAUAUUAAUGGGGCAGAAACAAGAAAGAGCACCAGAGUGCGUGUGGUAGCAUAUCAUUGUACUGAUUGCAAUAUUAAUUUCACUGAUGAGGCAGAAUUUCGUGCCCAUAUGGAAGCUCAUCUCAUAAAGCUUCAAAAUUCGUGUGCAUUGUGUAGUACUGAAUUCUCCACAAAAUUAGAACUCCAAGAUCACAUCAAAGAACAUUUUACUAAAAAUUCUUCUUAUACAUGCAGUAUUUGUGACCAAAAAUUUGUAUCCAAAAGUGGUUUGAAAAGACAUAAGAAACAGCUACACAAUCUGGACAGUGUUGUCGUGGUGAAUGCUGCCUCUAUAAAGUGUGGGGUGUGUCAGGCAGUGUUCUCAGACAAGGCAGCUCUGAGGCAGCAUGCUGCCACACAUGCUGCUAGAAAGCCAUUCACAUGUGAGGAGUGCGGUGCCACAUUCACUCAGAAUGGCUCACUACAGGUACAUCUGCGGCGGCACAGAGGUGAGAAGCCCUUCACUUGCCAGUUAUGUGGCAACAGCUUUACCCGAGCACACAGUCUCAAAGUCCACAUGAAGACACACACUGGGGAAAAACCAUAUGCAUGUGAAUAUUGUGGUGCCUGCUUUGUCACUUCAUCACACCUCACUGUGCAUCGCCGCACCCACACUGGUGAGCGGCCAUACUCCUGUGGUGACUGUGGGGCAACCUUCAUCACCACUUCACAUCUCAACGUCCACCGUAGGGUCCACACUGGGGGAGGUACUGUUGCCUCUACUCCAGUCAGCUGCUCCCAGUGCCAGGCCACCUUCAAUGAUGCUGCACAGCUCCGCCACCACCGCCGCACACAGCAUGCUCCACAAGUUACCUGUAAAGUAUGCUGUAAGGAAUUUCCAAAUGCUCGACAGCUAAGUAACCACAUGGUUCAUGAGUGUGGCUGAGUUUGGCUUAAUUUAGGGGUAGUGAUAUUAGCAGUGGCAGUGGCACUGCAUCUGUUAAGUUAUGGCAAGAACUGCCAAAUAAACCAGAAGGAUCAAAAAUCUGAUACUAUAAGAAAUGAUACCAGAUAUGUAAGAAAUACCCCUGUUAUGGUAUAGUUCAGAAAUAUGUUUCUGUAGAGAAGGAGAAUCCAGGGGACUGCCAUGAAUAAAAGGCUUGUCAUAAGCCCAUUGAUUGCCUUUGUAAUUAUAUUUUAAGAGGCAGAAAGAUUGCCAAGUAGCCUGUUACAGCCAGGCUGUAACAGUAGUGAAUACUAGUCGUGGAGUAGUCUCAGGUGGGAUAGACAUUUAUAUUUAUUUUUCAGUGUUGUAUUUCAGUGCCAGUAGAAACCAAAGAAUAUGAAUUGUGCCAUGCAUUUAUUUAAUUAUGAUCUUUAUUUAUUUGCUUUUGAAGUUAAGUUAAUAAUUUAUAGGUUUUAUGAGUUGAUUGUUUAUUUUAUUUGGUUCAUUGUCUUGGACCAGUAUGUAUAUAUAAUUAUGAAUUGAUUAUAAAAAAAACCUGCUGUUAAAAUUUUCUUAUAUUUUUAUCUGGUAGCAACUCUUAAGUAAUUUGUGUAUUUGCUUUCAAACUUCAAUUUUAUGAGUAUCAGAAUGCUUUAAUGCUUUAUGCUUAGAGUUUUAAAUAUCCUAAUUAUGCCCAGUGAAAACAGCCUUGUGCUUUGCCUUUGCCAUCUGUACCUAGCAUUUUCUUCUUAAAUCAAAUAUAUGAAAGAGUACUGUUACCUACUAUAUUCACCGAUCAGUGUUUAUAUGCCAUAAAAGACAUAUCAUAAUGUUUAUUUAAAGUUUGUAAUUGUGGUACACAAAGCUGUUAAGAAACAAUUCAUUACUAGGGCUUUUUUGCUGUGAAUGAAAGAAUACUUUAUUAAUUCUUAAUGUUUGGUAAUACUGACACAUGGCAGAGGUUUGCUGUGAAUCAGUAAUGAAAAGCUUUGAUAUAUUUUCAGCUAUUUUACAUUGACUAUUUGCUCUGUGAAUUUCUUUAUAUUCAUACACUACUGCAGAUUUUAGUAAGUGCCAAAUUUCUGAAUUGUCCUGAGCACUGGGAGAUAUGACGGGAAGGGAAGAGAGUGUAGGAUUGGUCAUGUGGUGGUGGUAAUGGCUUCUCCAUGCUUCAGUUUGAGUAGUAUGUAGGAGAAUCAGAAAUAUGGUAGAACUAGCAAAAAAAGUUGCAAGUAUUGAUUAUGUUCAUAGGUAAAAAUAUGAAAAUUCUGUUUAUCGUGGCAAUUAGGAAAUGCAUUCUUUAAGAGAUCCUUUUCUGAUAUACUAGUACACUAAGAGAGAGGUUGGCCAAUGUGGAUCUGUACAUUAAUUAAGCAGUGUGUUAAGAUGAUUGUCAUCACUGUGUAAGGAACUUUGAUGUUUCUUGGAUUUUCACACUGAACAUUUGCAUGUAUAUACAGUAAAGUCCUUUUAUCAAAACAACACUAGCAAUUAUAAGUUUAAGUGAAAAUAAUGAUGCAUUAUGUAUGUGAUAGCUUUGGUAUUCAUAUUAUUGAUACUUUGAAUUUUUGUUACCAGCAGUCUGCCUUGUUCUUAUAGCAGUGUAAGCAGUAAUGUUUGCUGUAGAAGAUACAUCAAUGAUAGUAUUGGCAUCAAGUGAUUCUUAGGUUUUAUUUUCUCUCUCUCUCUCUCUCUCUCUCUCUCUCUCUCUCUCUCUCUCUCUCUCUCUCUCUCUCUCUCUCUCUCUCUCUCUCUCUCUCUCUCUCUCUGUGUGUGUGUGUGUGUGUGUGUGUGUGUAUAUGUGUGUGUUGGUGUUAUUUAUGAUGUGUUUCCAUGUGUGACUUCUUAGAUAUGAAUAUUUUCCUACCUCCAUUUACUUAUAUAUUUUUUUUAUGCAGGUUAACCAUCAGUACUUUGGCAUUGUUUAAUCCACCUUAUAUACAGCCAGCUCUAUUCUAUAUCUUUUUGAUAUACCAUGGCCAUGAUUAGUUUACUACCAUAUUUUCCAGACUAUAAGACAAGUUUCUUUGCCAAUUUUAAGGCUCCUAAAUCAAGGGGUUGCACUCCCCUGCUCAUAUGCCACAUUUAUGAUGGGGGAUUGCCUUCAUACUUAAAAAUUACCUUGAUUUUUUUACCUCAGUGGUGAUGUGGAACAAAAUUUGAAAUGAUUUCAGAAAUAAUCUCAUAAAUAAGUACACCAAUGUAUAUAGAAACAUAGGGAGAGAAAGGACAGACAGAGAAUAUAGGAGACGAAGUGGGGUUGGAGAAUGAAGGCAAGCUUGUGAUCUAUGGAGAAGUGGCAAUAGUCAGGGAGAUCUGGUGAAGCCCACACCCCAAAUCUAGAAUGGCCAGUUUAGCGUGGAUGUAUUUUGAAACUGGCAACAGUGGUAGUGAGGGAGUGGCCAUAUUACGGCUCCCCAGGGCCCUUCACCCAACCAUGUGAGCAACGGCUCCCUCCACAAUUAAGGGAGUUGUCUUAUACACCGUAAUAACUGAAAACCUAAAUUUUUCCUUAAAAAAUUGAGGGUCGUAUUAUACAUUGAGUUGUCUUAUAGCCCGGAAAAUACAGCAGACGCAACUGUACCAUGGUACUGCUUUGUGUGAAUUUGCUCCUUUGCCAAAUUUGCUCCCUGAAAACAGCUUUGUGCAUCAUCACUGUAGUGAUGAGAGAACAUUGAAACAUUUACCAGGUAUUUUGUAUAUUUCAUGUAUUAUCAAUUUCUACAUGUAUUAUAUUGGCAUAUUACUACUGCUCUGUUUUCUGGAACUUGUUAAAGGUUAUAAGUUGCUAAUGGGUGAUAGAGUAAAGGGAAAAUAUAAUCACCACCUAAACUGCCGGUCACAUGCUUAGGCUCUCUCUUCACCUGCCUGACUCAACUUAAGGUAUGCCUGCAUCAACAGCAAGACUUGUUGGUUAACUAAAUCCCUCCAACCUUUACUCAGUGAUAAUAUUGUCUGACAAGUGAAAAGCCUUUGAGUUAGAGUGUUACUUGAACUCUUUAGCAUUGAAUAGCAGCUAAGUGAAUGAAGAAAGCUAAGAUGUUUCAUGUAGAGCUUAUUUUAGAAUAUAAUGAUGAAUAUACUGAAGAGAGGUUGCAGAAGUUCAAGAAGAACCAUUACAUUUAAGAGUGUAAGGGUUGGUGGGGAAAAUCUGUUGAAAGAGAAAGAAUACAUUGAGAGGCUUGUGGCUUCUUGUUUCAGGAUAUUUUAUGGUUUUAAUUAUAUUAAUUGUAGUAGCUGUUUAAUUUUAUUUGUAAGCAUUGUUUUAGAGAUGUAUUGUAGCUAAAAGAUAAAUCGUAUUUAAUUUGAGAAGAUGACCGAAUGAAGAUGGCUCUAGAAACAAAGGUGCUGAAGUGUAUUGAUGGUCACUGUAUAUCAUUCACCAUAUCUUGUUUUUCAUAUCAAAGAUCUACAUAUGUGCAAAUUUGGGAGAGAGUAUAAUUGAUCCUUUAAUCCUACAGAAACACUCACAUAUACAGAGAAAGCAUAAAUUACUGUACAUAAAGGUUUUGAGAUAUCUCUGUAAAUAGUGAUGGGAGUGAUAAAACAAUUUGGAACUAAUAUUUGUAUACAUGCUGAAAGAUACAUGGCAGUUUAAACAAUUGUAGUAAUUUGAUUUAUGCUUUACAAUCCAGCAUAUUAUAUUAAUCUUAUUCUUAAAUUUUGUAGUAUUUGUUUUGCUUUGGAUAUAAAUUUGUGAUGAAUUUUGCAUAGAUAUAAUUUCAUCAGAAUUGUUAUGAAAAAUUUACUCUUAUAUGUUUGGCCUUCUCUCAUCUCAGUAGCUUAUACAUGAUGAUGUUGAUCAAAGCUUAUGUAUGAACAAUACUUGAAUGUAUAUAUGAAGAUGCAGAGAUGGUUUUCAGUUUGUGCAUAACAUGUAUCUUUUGUCAUAUGCUAUUCUUGAGUUUCUUUUGAGAGCAUGUGUCAAUUUGCAAGAUUGCCUUGCCUAGUUGUGUGUGUGUGUGUGUGUGUGUGUGUGUGUGUGUGUGUGUGUGUGUGUGUGUGUGUGUGUGUGUGUGUGUGUGUGUGUGUAAUUCACCACA